AUGGGGGAUAAAUGGGACAGUCAGGGAGAAUUACCGAAGUGUAACUUGCUGUUUGCUUGGUCUGAAGUGCCUGAGCAGGGCAGGGCUGGGCUGCUGUGCCGGUACAGUGGUUCCUUAGUGCUUCAGACAGAGUACACACGUCUGGCACCGCCCAUUGUGUGUGUAGCACAUCUGGCCAGCUGUUCCAGGUGUGCAAAUUGCAUCUCCUACUGCAGCUGGGGUUCUGGAUGUGUGGAAACUCUUUACAAGUUUCUAGAGCUAGAGAGUCAUUUAAUGAGUAAAAAUGUGGCGAGUGGAAAAGGACGAUAUAAAGCCUUUUGUAUGAGCUUGGCACUACAGACCCCAGAUCCUUCAAAGGCAUCCUGUAAAAUGCCUGUCUGCAAUUGCUCCACUGAAGCUGGGGGCACUGAUUAUCCAGGUGCUCUGGAAGCUUAUUUAUGUGUGAUGGAGCAGCAGGACCACAAGCCCUGCGGUAAAUGGAGGCAGGCUGACUGGGCAGGACUGAGCAUGUGGGAAAGCAUCUGCUGCAGCUUUCAUAUGGCACACUUUGUGAAAAUUAUCUUGAAACUGGGUAUCUUCUGUGUGGAUAAGAUGCAGGGCGCUCCAGUGCCACAGCUGAGUGGCUGCAAGGGGAACCUUUCCAUGGCCGUGGGAUACCUGGGAUGUGGGAGUGAGUUCACCUGAGCGUGGGUCAUCUUCCCACUGUGGCAGUGCCUGUGAUGCCUUGGGAAGGCUGACCUGAAACAGACUGGACAGAGCUAAGAGAAUAAAGUAGAUAUUUACUGAAAGGCCUUUAGGGUACACCUUGGACAGGACAAGAGCCUGGCCAGGGCCACACCCAAGGUGGACUCAAAAUAGUCACAAAAUGGAAGACUGGUCACAAGAUCUUACACUUUUAUAUGUUUUGGUCCAUUUGCAUAUUGUGGUUUAAUUGUUCAAUUACAGCUUCAGGUUGUGCGGGCUCAUCUUUUUUGUUUCUCUCUUCAGUCCACCGUUGUUUGUGGUUUGGGGCCUAAAAACUUGUAACAAUUGUCCUUGGUGUUCAGCAGGAAAAGGAUUUGUUUUGUCUACCUGCUCUGGGAAGAAAGCUCACUAAUACUUAAUAUGAGGCUCAGAACUACACACUUAGGCAGCACAGAAUCUGAAAAACAUGAAACUAAAACUUAAGGCAACACCUGCUGCCAAGGACAGGGCUGGAACCCUCUUCAGGGACAGCUGCCAUGGCUGUGCUCCUCCUGCUCUGCUGCGGCUUCAAGAGAGAGGGGUUAUGAAAGCAAACCCCAGUAGGAAAAGAGACAGCAGAGCUGCUGUUGUGCAUUUCCUCCCUUCUGUCUCUUGUUUUGCUCAUUCUCUGUUGCUUUAUUUGGCACAUGCAGCGCUGAAGCACAUGGAGUACAUUAUCAGGCCAGGCAUGAUUGCACCAGGUACUGGUGUGGGAAUAGCAGUUGCUGUUGCAAACGUCGAACAUCUGUUCCUGGCCCUUCCAGGGAUGGAGCAUCCCAGAUGUGUACCACGAUAAUUUGCUCUGCUGCUAUUGUUUCUUACCAUCUGAACACAGGGGUAGGGUUCUAUUUUCCUUUUACAGUUUCAAAGACAGUCAAUAUUUUAGAACAUUAUCGAGAGCUACUGUGAUCUUUUUUGCAAGUGGCAAUAUUUUUUCCAUUGGGUUUCUGAGAAUCAGUUGGCAUAGUUGUAACAGAGUUGGUUACUUUUGGAUGAACUGAAGCACUACAAUCAAUAGUGUCUUCUCACUAUGAACCAUUGAGGCUGCAUUUUCCAAGCCACAUGUGAGACUUGGGUGCAUGUAUAUAAUUCCAGGUUACGGGCGGUGCUGUGGCAGAAAUUGCGCUCGAGAGUGCUUUGCCUACUCCUUCAUGUAAAAAUUGUGUUAAUUUGUGCACAUUGUUUAAAACUGACACUCUUUUCUCCAGCUAUGCUCUCACACCCAAGGUCGUUACCUCAAAAAAUUACUAGAUGGAGCCUUUAGGUGCUGUGCAUAGCUGUUGAAGUCAGUCAAGCUACCCAGGAGUGGAAUUUUAUCCUAAACAUGAAAGUGGACGCAUCUUCCUCCUUGCGUUUUACAUUUUCUUCCUCCCCAGAGCGUUGUUGUCAGGUACUCACAGGGACAGUAACAGCACCAGGUAGCAACAUCUGCACUGAAUUUGGGAAAACAGGUUUUAGCAAUGACCCUUGUGGCUAUGAACCAAUGUUUCAGGGCAAUUCAAGAGGGAAUUUGGCCUGGGUAGAAGGAGACCCAGAGAGCGCAGCGUCCAGCCUGAAUUUGGAAUCUCUUGGUGAUUUCUUUCAGGAACCCUGUGUGUCUCUGAUAGUGGCACUGGAAUUUGCUGGGAAAUUGGGUGCUCUUCACCCUCUUCCAUAGUGCUCUUCUAAGGUGAUCUUCCAGGGCAAGCAGUCUAGGCCAAAUCCAGUGGUUUAUGUUAAUAUAAGUGGAAUAAAUAUAUUCUUUAAGUGAAUGAGAAAAAGAACCUGGUUUAUCAUUCUAAGUUCUGUUUCCAUCUCUUUCUUAUGGGAUCCACAUGUCUGCCUGAAACAAACAUGAAUAAUGAGAGAUCAUCUUCUGGUCUCAUUUUGGACUGUCAAAGGUCAUCCAUAGUGAAAAACACAAAAGUCUUGCUGAGCAUGAAGUAAAAACUGAGUAUCUAGAGAAAGAAUUUAGGUUCAUACAUUUGUUAUUAAAAGUUGGAUUUAGUUUUCCUUUUCUUCUGUUUGUUUUGUUUUCUGUAAGGUGUUUGGAAAGUGUUAUCCAUGAUAAAUAAAAUAUUAACAUUCU